CCUCUUUCUUUUCACAUACAUAUAAACCCUAAUAAUAAUAACAACAACGACUUCACUCCCCCAAAUUUAUUACUUUACAAAAAAAAACCUAACCAUCAUUCAUUCGUUCAUUCAUUCAGCGAUAAUCAAAACCCUAACAGUCAUUCUUUCCAGUUCAAAGUUUUCCAAUCAUUAUAAAUCAAUUUAACAUAUCUAUAUAUUAAUACGAAGGAAGAAGAAAGAUGAGUUGGGAAAACGACGUCGUAAUGCGGGAUAUAGCGAAAGCAAGCGUAGUAGUAAGUGAUAGAAUAGGCAGAGAUGUAUCCGCACAGCUGGACCUUGAAGAAUCACUCGAAGCUUCUAGAUAUACUAGCCAUCCUUAUUCUACUCACCCUAGAGAGUGGCCUCCUUUGGUUGAAGUAGUAGAUAGUAGGGAGUUGCCUUCAGUACUUAUAGAAAGAUAUAAUUCUGCUGGAGGGGAAGGCACUGCUUUAUGUGGAAUAUUUCCCGAGAUUCGUAGAGCAUGGGCAUCUGUAGAUAACUCCUUAUUUCUUUGGCGAUUUGAUAAGUGGGACGGCCAAUGUCCGGAAUAUAGUGGCGAGGAACAAGCUAUAUGUGCCGUAGGUUUGGUCAAAGCCAAACCUGGGAUUUUUGUUGAGGCUAUCCAAUAUCUCCUAGUCUUAGCUACUCCUGUUGAGUUGCUUCUUAUUGGUGUAUGCUGCUCUGGAAGUGGUGAUGGGUCAGAUCCUUAUGCAGAGGUUUCAUUACAGCCCCUACCCGAUUACACCAUACCAUCUGAUGGAGUUACCAUGACAUGUAUUGCAUGUACAAAUAGAGGUCAGAUAUUUUUGGCUGGACGUGAUGGACACAUAUAUGAGAUGCAUUAUACAACUGGUUCGGGUUGGCACAAAAACUGUCGUAAAGUAUGUUUGACUGCUGGUCUUAGUAGUGUUGUUUCAAGGUGGGUGGUACCGAAUGUAUUCAAGUUUGGUGCUGUAGACCCCAUUGUUGAAAUGGCUGUUGAUAAUGAGAGGCAUAUAUUGUAUGUCCGAACUGAAGAAAUGAAAAUUCAGGUUUACACUUUAGGUCCAAAUGGCGAUGGACCACUUAAGAAAGUGACAGAGGAGAAGAAUUUGAUUAAUCAGAGGGAUUCACAUGGCGGCAGCAGGCAUGCUGCAGCUGCUCGAUCGACAAAAGCUUCUAUAGUUUCUAUAUCUCCUUUAUCUACAAUAGAGUCAAAAUGGCUGCAUCUUGUAGCAAUCUUAUCAGAUGGUAGAAGAAUGUAUCUAUCAACUACUAAAUCCAGCGGAAACAGUGGCUCGUUUAGUAAUAAUAUUCAGAAACCAAGCUGUCUAAAAGUUGUCACAACCCGACCCGCUCCUCCGUUGGGGGUGGGUGGUGGGUUGUCAUUUGGGGCAAUAUCUCUAGCAGGUAGAUCUCAAAGCGAAGAUCUUUCUUUAAAGAUAGAAACAGCACAUUACUCGUCUGCGACACUUGUUCUAUCUGAUUCAUCUCCAACUACGUCAUCACUUCUGAUUGUGAAUAGGGAUUCAACUACACAGUCAUCAUCUUCCACUAGUUUAGGGACAAGUGUUAGGAGUUCAAGGGCUUUAAGAGAAUGUGUAUCUUCUUUACCUAUUGAAGGCCGUAUGCUGGCUGUUGCUGAAGUCCUACCCUUACCAGAUACAGCUGCAACUGUGCAAUCACUGUAUUCACAAUUAGAAUUUUGUGGGUAUGACAACUUUGGUGAGUCAUCUGAAAAGUUGGCUGGGAAAUUAUGGGCUAGAGGUGAUUUGCCAACUCAGCAUAUAUUACCUAGGCGCCGGAUUAUUAUUUUCAGUACUAUGGGGAUGAUGGAAGUUGUUUUUAAUAGACCAGUUGACAUUUUAAGAAGGUUACUAGAGUCUAACACUCCAAGAACAAUACUUGAGGACUUUUUUAAUCGAUUUGGUGCUGGUGAGGCUGCUGCGAUGUGCCUAAUGCUAGCUGCAAAAAUAGCACACACGGAAAAUUUUAUAAAUAAUGUUGUUGCUGAGAAGGCUGCUGAGGCCUUUGAGGACCCGAGAGUUGUAGGUGUACCCCAGCUUGAAGGUAGUGGGGCAUUGGCUAAUACCCGGACAGGUGCUGGUGGGUUUAGCAUGGGUCAAGUGGUUCAAGAAGCGGAACCAGUUUUUUCGGGUGCUCAUGAAGGGCUCUGUUUAUGUGCAUCACGAUUGCUUCUGCCGGUGUGGGAGCUUCCUGUCAUGGGUUCCUCUGAUGCUACAAGCGGAGAUGGGAUAAUAGGAUGCAGACUUUCGGCGGAGGCAAUGCAAGUUCUUGAAGAUAAACUUCGGUCUCUAGAGAAGUUUUUAAGAUCUAGAAAGAAUCAAAGAAGAGGACUCUAUGCCAGUGUUGGUUUGGGGGAUAUGACCGGUUCUAUUCUGAUUGGGGCAGGUACUGAUAUGGGGACUGGCGACUGGGGUAUGGCUAGAAACUUAUUUAGUCCGUAUUCUCGGGGUUUGGAGUCCGGUAAUGCUGCCACAUCCAAUAAAAGGCAGCGGCUUCCUUACAGUCCUGCAGAAUUAGCUUCGAUGGAGGUGAGAGCAAUGGAGUGUGUAAGACAGCUGCUUCUUAGAUGUGCGGAAGCGUUAUUUCUUCUCCAACUUCUUUCCCGACAUCAUGUGACACGCUUGCUUCAAAGCUUUGAAUUAAAUAUUAAACAAGCGUUACUUCAGUUGACUUUCCACCAGUUAGUCUGUUCUGAAGAAGGUGACCGACUUGCUACAAGACUUGUAUCUGCUUUGAUGGAGUAUUACACAGGUCCAGAUGGAAGGGGAACUGUGGAUGAUAUCAGUGGCAGGUUAAGGGAAGGUUGCCCUAGCUUUUAUAAAGAAUCUGAUUAUAAAUUUUACUUGGCUGUGGAAUGUCUUGAGAAAGCUGCUACUGCUUCUAAUAAUGAAGAGAGGGAAACACUCGCCAGAGAUGCCUUCAGUAAAUUGAGUGGAGUUCCCGAGUCCGCAGAUCUCCAAACGGUGUGCAAACGCUUUGAGGACCUAAGAUUUUAUGAAGCUGUGGUUCGCUUGCCUCUUCAGAAGGCACAGGCUCUAGACCCUGCAGGGGACGCUCUUAAUGAACAGGCCGAUGCUGGAGUUCUAGAACAUGCACUCGCUCAGAGAGAACGGUGCUACGACAUUAUAAUCAGUGCUUUACGCUCUCUAAAAGGGGAAGUGUCUCUAAGAGAAUUUCGUUCUCCCAUCAGAUCAUCUGCACAGUCUUCCCUUAGUCCAUCUGAUAAGAAGAAAUACAUAUGCCAGAUUAUUCAACUUGGUGUGCAAUCAUCCGAUAAAAUCUUUCAUGAGCAUCUGUACCGGUCCCUGAUUGAUUUAGGCCUUGAAGAUGAACUCCUGGAGUUUGGUGGGCCUGACUUGGUACCCUUCCUACAGAAUGCUGGCCGUGAAGCUACACAAGAGCACCAGGCUGCUGCUUCUUUUACAACAGGAGUGUCACCAUUGCGCUAUUCAGGAGCACCAACAAAAUACUUUGAGCUUUUAGCCCGAUACUAUGUGCUAAAAAGGCAACAUGUUCUUGCAGCUCAUGUACUAUUACGGUUGGCAGAAAGGCGUUCUAGUGGUUUGGACAAUAUCCCCACACUUGACCAAAGGCGCCAAUACUUGAGCAAUGCCGUCAUCCAAGCCAAAAGUGCAAUUGAUGGUGAUAGUCUGACAAAUUCUUCUAGAGAUGGUGGACUGCUGGAUUUACUUGAGGGGAAGCUAACUGUUCUACAGUUCCAAAUAAAAAUAAAACAGGAACUUGAGGGAGUAGUUUCUAAGAUAGAGGCUACACCUAGUACAUCAGAAGCUGCCUCAAAUGAUUCUAUGGCUGAAUAUCUACAAACUAUUAAGGAAAAGGUGAAUGAAUUGUCACUGGAUCUGAAAACCAUCACCCAGUUAUAUAAUGAUUAUGCUGUUCCAUUUGAGCUUUGGGAGAUAUGUUUGGAAAUGCUAUAUUUUGCAAGCUAUUCUGGAGAUACUGAUAGCAGCAUCGUAAGAGACACGUGGGCACGGCUCAUGGAUCAGGCUCUCUCAAAGGGUGGCAUUGCUGAAGCUUGUUCGGUACUAAAGAGGAUUGGUUCACAUGUUUAUCCAGGAGACAGUGCUGUUCUACCUUUAGAUACAUUGUGUUUACAUCUUGAGAAAGCUGCAAUGGAUCGAUUGGUUUCAGGGGUUGAAGUUGUUGGUGACGAAGAUGUUGCAAGAGCUUUGCUGGCAGCUUGCAAGGGAGCAGUAGAACCUGUUUUGAACACGUAUGAUCAUUUGUUAUCCAAUGGUGCAAUCUUGCUGUCACCGAGUCUGAAGUUAAGGCUUCUGCGGUCAGUACUAGUAGUGCUUCGGGAAUGGGCGGUGUCUGUUUCUGCAAGAGGAAUGGGCACAAGUCCAAUGGGGGCGUCUCUCAUUCUUCGUGGAACUUUUUCAAUGGAUCAAAGAACUGCUAUUAACCAUGGAAUCCGUGAUAAGAUAACAAGUGCUGCAAACAGGUACAUGACUGAAGUAAGGAGGUUGGCGUUGCCACAGGGCCAAAUAGAGGUUGUAUACAGAGGGUUUAAAGAACUUGAAGAAUCCUUUUUAACUUCUUUUUCUUUUGAGCGAUUUUAAAUUUUGUUUUGUACUUGUUCCUUAUUGUAUGUGCCAUAUGUUACGAUUAUAUCAUUUAAAAGAACAAGACUUGUUAGAUUUGUUUCUAUAAA